AUGAACGACGAAAUCUAGCUCUCCGUUAUUGAUGAUAACGGAGAAAGAAUUAUACUCUCUAAAGAAUAAAAAGAAAAUGAGCUGUAAAACUGUAAAGUCUACCAAAUGUUCAAAGAAGAUAUUGAACUUUAGAACUAUUUCUUCCAUGAAUUGACUCUACUGAAGGAGAAAUGGACCUGCUACUCAGAGGCACCCGAGCGUACAGUUUACACAAAAAGAGAACCAGGGUAGAAUAUCCUAUCAGUUUUCUUCAAAUUCAAGGUUCCCACUAACUUGUUUUAUCCCUUGGCUCUUCUAUCAGAAGUUGAUUUGUUUUAACACUGGAUGCCAUACAUUUUGAGAAGCGAAAUUAUGCAUAAUUACUCUGAUUUUAGAAAAGGUUUAUUUGUUGAGAGAUAGUUUCCCUUCCCACUAAGUAACAGAGUAUUGAUUUUGGCUGCAUCAGCCUAUCUAGUCAAGGAGAGAAAGGGAGCUAUGAUUAUGAUUAGAUCAUUCAAUGACGCCAGAAAGCAAAACUGGGGUUUCGAUUCUAAUCAGAUUCCUAAACAUAACUUAGUUGAAGCUACAAUGGAGAGAGGUUUUAUGUACAUAGAACACAUUGAUGACAAUAGCUGUUGGUACCACGGAAUGAUUAAUAUUAACCCCAAUUUUACAUUCAUUCCCGAUUGGAUUUUGAACUUCACAGUCAAAAGGAUGAUUUAUGUGAUAGUUGGAAAACUAUAAAACAAAGAUUUCUUUGAAAAUGAAAUGAUUAAAAAAAGAAUGGCUGAGAGACCAGAAUUCUAUGAGAGAGUUAAAAAUAGACUAAGAGAAUUUUCUAAUAUAUGA